CCAGACACUCUCUCACCCUGUCAGUCUUUCUCUUUCUCACGAUCUUUUAUACCAAUUGACUCCCAAUCCGAGACGAGAGACCCAGGCAACCCAAUCUCAAAAAAAAGCCAUGCCUUCCAAACGCACCGCCGCCGCCGGCCCCGUCCCCGCACCCUCACCUCCAACUAUACCUUCAUCCUCCACCACCACCGCUGCUGCUGCUCCUGCCUCCUCCUCCUCCCUCUCCUCCGGCCCCAAAACCCUAACCACCAACUCCUCCGUCCUCGACAUCGUCCACACCGUGUGGCAGCAAUACCUCGCCACGACCCCGCAGCGCACGCUCCUGCUCGACGCCUUCAUGGGCUUUUUGGUCCUGGUCGGCGGCGUGCAAUUCCUCUACUGUGUUCUGGCCGGCAAUUACCCCUUCAACGCCUUCCUGAGCGGCUUCUCGGCGGCGGUGGGCCAGUUCGUGCUUACCGCGAGUUUGCGCAUGCAGACUUCCUCUUCUUCGGCUGCGGCUGCGGCGGUCGUGUCUGGUGGGAAGGGGGCGAAGGGGAAAGCUGCUGCGCUGGGAAAUGAGACUGGGGGGAAUGGGAUUUCGCAUGAGAGGGCGUUCGCGGAUUAUAUCUUCGGGAGCUUGAUCUUGCAUUUCUUCUGUAUCAACUUUAUUAACUGAGUGGAUGCCCGGGUUGGAUUUCGAGGGCGUGAAGGUAGUGACCGGGGGUGCGAGGUUGGGUUUGGGUGGGACGGAUUUCGGUGAGUGGGAUCAGGACUAUUCAAGGGUCAAGAUAUGUGGUGCUGGACUGGGCGCGAAGUGAAGGUUCAACGUUGCGGCUUGAAGAAGAUCCCUGGUGGACUUGAUGCUGUAACUCUGAUCUGUCUGGUCUGGUCUGGUCUGGUCCGAUCCUUCUGGUUGUAAAGUGAGUUGAAGGAAAAGAACAAGAGUCGAUGGUGUCGACUAUGUAGAGGUACCUGAUUCCCAGUCGUGAUAGUACUCGAGUUUCCGUGGGAUCUACUUCCGUAAUUCAUGUCCUGUCGGAGCAAGAUCCGGCAAACAGGUGCACGGUCUCCGUUGGACUCUCAAUUGAAGUAUGCUCAUGUUCAUGCUCAUAACUCUUUGCCAAGAUCGGG